GACUAACUCAAGAAGAACAGAGAUACAGCGAGUAAACAGCACCUUUUCACCUGACUUGACUCCACUGCAACAUCUCUAUGAUCAUAAAUAGUUUUGGAGGAAAAAGGGAAGGAGGACAGAAGAACAGUACAAUGAUAAUCAAGACCAUUGUCAUUGUCCUUGUACUUAUUGCAUCCAACAGCAAGCCUGCAGAGGGAAGCCUAAAAUUGAAAUGUCCAAACAGAACAACAAUGGCUCCAAACACAACUGUAGUUGCUCCAACAACAAUAACAACAGGACCAUCACCAGCAGCAAAUGCAGGAAGUGCAAAAGCAGCAGCCACAGCAGCAUCCUUAGCAGCUGCAGCAGCAGCAACUGCAGCAACCGCAGCAACUGUCACUCCUGGGCCUCAUGCUGUAGAAGCAGCACUAGCUGCAAAAGCUGCUGCUGAGGCUGCGCAAGAGGCAGCACUAGCUUCUGCACUGGCAGAGAAUGGAACACUGUCACGCAAAGUAGCAGCACAGCUUGCAGAAAAAGCAACAGAAGCAGCCAAAAAAGCAUUAACUGCAGCAAAGACAGCAAUUGAAACAGCACCGGCAUCGACACCAGAACUCAUAGCAAAAAUCGAAGAAGCAACAUUGAAUGCAUCAAGUGCAGCAGAUAAAGCAGCUGAAGCAGCAAACAAGUCUGCAUCUGCAAAGACAGCAGAUGAUGAAGAGCAAGCUAUAGAAGCAGCGACAGAAGCAGCAGCAGAUGCAACAAGAGCUCUAGCAGCAAUACGAGCAGCAUUGGCAGCAGCUACGCAAAUCACAGAAACACCAGCAAGCCAGUUAUCAACUGCAGCAGCAGACAAAGCGGCAGAAGCCACAGCAGCAGCUGGAAACGCAACAACUGAAGAAAAUGUUGUUGAAAAGGCAAUAGAAGCAGCAUUAAAAGCUAAGGAGGCAGCUGCAGCUGCCACAGCAGCAGUCCGUCCUACAACAACAGUGGCCACAACAGCAAUGACAACAACAGGACCAUCACCAGCAGCAAAUGCAGGAAGUGCAAAAGCAGCAGCCACAGCAGCAUCCUUAGCAGCUGCAGCAGCAGCAACUGCAGCAACCGCAGCAACUGUCACUCCUGGGCCUCAUGCUGUAGAAGCAGCACUAGCUGCAAAAGCUGCUGCUGAGGCUGCGCAAGAGGCAGCACUAGCUUCUGCACUGGCAGAGAAUGGAACACUGUCACGCAAAGUAGCAGCACAGCUUGCAGAAAAAGCAACAGAAGCAGCCAAAAAAGCAUUAACUGCAGCAAAGACAGCAAUUGAAACAGCACCGCAUCGACACCAGAACUCAUAG